CUUGAAAGCUAUUGCAAAGGAAGACAAGAGCUUGUUGAGACCAAACGUCUCAUAUGAACUGAACCGGGUGAACAUGGAAAAAAAGGGCAUGAAUUCUGAAGAAAUUGCUUUAUAUGAUAGACAAAUUAGACUUUGGGGCUUCAAUGCGCAACAUGCACUAAGGCAAUCACGAGUUUUGUUAAUUACAGCUUCUCCUUUAUCGAAUGAAAUUGCAAAGAAUUUAGUUUUGGCAGGCAUUGGAGAGUUAUGCUUGCAGGACACUCGUUCUGUUGAAAAACAAGACGUGUUUGACCAGUUCUUUGUUGAACAGUCCGACAUAGGAAAGUCCAAGAUAUCUUGCCUUAUAGAAAAAUUAAAAGAACUCAACCCUCUGGUAAAACUUUCCUCUUUGGAUACACCAGUUGCGGAGCUAUCUGAAAGCACAGUCUCUUCUUUUCAGAUGGUUAUUGCAACUCAACUUCAGUACGAAGAGUUCUGCAAAGUAAAUUCUCUAUGUCGCUCUUGUCAGCGUCCGUUUUAUGCUUCGAGCUGCUACGGACUUUACGGAUUCGCUUUCGCAGAUUUGGUUCAUCAUGAAUUUGUAAUUGAGAAAACGGUUGAAAAUAAAAAAGUUGAGCAAGCAUUGUCAGCUACUCAAAAACCCAUCCAAGAAGCUCUCGAUAUCCCUCUUGGUUCGAAGCUAAAACCACGUUUGGCAAAAAAAGUACCUGCCGCUUAUCCGGCAAUACUUUCAAUUUUGAAGUACAACAAGUCAGACCCGGAAUCCAUCAAGAAGGUGUGUCAUGAACAGCAAUUAGACUCAAAUGCAAUUGUGAAUGAAGGAUUUUUAAGCAACUUUUCUGAUAACUCCAGUUUUCAAUGGAUGCCAGUGAUUUCAAUCAUUGGAGGGGUUGUUGCCCAAGACGCCUUGAAUUCAAUAAGUAAGCGUCAGUAUCCCAUAGAUAAUCUUUGGAUCUAUGAUGCUGAAACCAGUGCUGGACCUAUAUACAUGCUGUAAUAUAUGAGUUGGUUAUUUAUACUAAGAAAGGAUUUUUUUUAACAUUACUUCCUAAAAUUUAGAUCUCUAUUUAUGUAAAUCCUAUAUAUAGACGCUGUCUAACCACUUUCUUUCGCUACUCA